UUAAACAAAAAAAAGAAGAAGGCAGCACGAGCGUGUAGUGUCGCGUUUAUUUUUUUACGUUCGAAGCUUAUUCUUAAAGAACAGAGAUGACUGCAACUUCGUCAGUGUCAAAGGGAUGUUUUGUAUUUAAGUCGGCGUCUAAAAAAAGAAGAAAACUACAUAAAGAUGUUGAUGGAUUGUUGCUGUGUGGCAGUGAUGAUAAUGGCAGAGAUCGCUUUAGGAUCUAUCAGAAAUUAUUGGAAAUGGUUCAAUUACACACAGAGGCAAUUCAAGAUCAGCUGAAUAAAAAGGUACUCGACAACCUUGUCCAGUUCAUUAAAAAGUAUGAACUCUGCUACUCAUCUGAUGUUUGGAGACAAGGAGCUAGUGAAAUCCCCACAGCUGCAUUAAUGCUGGGUGUAAAUGUACCUGAUCACACUAUGACGUUUCGUAGUCUUUGUAGUCUUCUUCAGGAUUCUGUCACCCCAUUUGUUGUGUCAGUUCCUGCCAAAGAAUGUACAGCUGUUAAGAUAUUGAUUCAGAAGGUUGUGGGACAGCUGAUGGGAAGAGGACUGUCUCUGGAUGAAGAUCAAGAGGAUGAUACAGCUCCGCAUCAGAAAACACAAUGUAGUAUUAGUGAUCUUUGCCAGUGGUACAAAACCGUUAAGAAGUCCAACAUGAAAAAUGAGGGCUUGCACUGGAGUUUGCCUAUUGUUGUCAUCUUCAAAGACUUUGAGGCUUUCAAUUUGCAAGCUUUACAGGAUUUCAUCCUCAUUUGCAGUCAAUACGUUCAGGAGCUUCCUCUCAUCUUCAUCUUUGGUAUCGCAACAUCUUCCAGCACUAUCCAGCAAAGGCUCUCUCACUCGGUGUCAUCACUGCUCUGCAUUGAAGUCUUUCAUUCUCUCUCCUGUACCCAGCACUUAGCCGCUGUCUUUGACAAGUUGAUCCUGAAUUCUCAGUUCCCGUUCAAGCUCAGCAGUAAGGUGAUACAGGUUUUGGUCGGCAUCUUCCUUUACCAUGACUUUUCUGUUCAAAGUUUUGUUAAGGGCCUACAGCUCUCCAUGUCGGAGCACUUUAAUAACCAGCCUCUCAGUGUCCUUUGUUGCCAGAAGAAGGAGGCCAUGCUUUGUGCCAAGAUGUUGAGCCAGCAGAAUGUGGAUAGAAUUCGUCAUCUCCCCUCUUUUAUGAGAUAUGUGGAGGCACAGGAACCCCAAGAGCAGGUUUUGCUGCUUACCAGUGAUGAACAUGUCAAGGAAGUGUGUCAGAUAUUGCUGAAAAACCUCCAUAAAUACCACAAGAAUUACUAUCCUAUUCUCCAGUGUCUGCACUCAUUGACCUCAUUGCUACCUAAGUGUCCCUUGGGAAAACAAAUACGAGAGCUCCAUGUGAGCUGCAAUGAGAAGAAGGUGUGGGAGACAGAGGAGUAUGAUUUAGCCAUGCAACUUUUGAGGAUUCUAGCAAAAGAUGAGCUUGUUGCAGCUUUACGGGAAUGUGCCGGGAUUCUUAAAUCAGCCAGAAGCAAGAAAAUACAGAAUGUGCUCAGUCAAGUGGAAGAUUUUAUUGUCAGAAUGGAGGAGCUAGAAUGUCCCUCCACUGAAGAUCUUCCUGAGGAUGAUGUCAUCUUUUCAGGAAAUGAUUACAAGAGAAGAACAGAUCUCUUUCAGCUUCAGAAGACUCUGCAGGAAAAAGAGUCUGGAAGAAGCAAGAAAAUCACUCCGUUUGAAAUGCUCAGAAAUGAGGUGGUACAAUUUCUUGAUGACCUUGUGAGAGAGUACUUGACCCCAGCAGAGCUUCAACCUCUCCAUGAAGUUUAUUACUACAGUUCCUCUGGAAUACUGCGACAACGACUGAACGCUGCCCCUCGCACGUCCAUUCAAGCCGCACUCAGUCAUCCUUUCUACUAUUUGCAGAAUCAAGCCUUGAAAACACGUGCUGGGACAGUUUCUAGCGCUGCUCCUGACCUCUGCAUCAUAUACAAGCUUCAUCUUGAGUGUGGAAGACUUAUUAAUCUAUAUGAUUGGUUUGAGGCCUUUGUGACUGUUAGCUCAGCAGCUGAAGACAAAGACGAAAAUUCUGAUGAGUGUGGCAAGCUCGACAGUCUCAAAAAUGCUCGUUUCAUCCAGGCGGUUUCCGAGAUGGAAUUCCUUGGUUUUGUUAAAUCAACAAAACAGAAAACGGACCAUGUGGCAAGACUCACCUGGGGAGGUUGUUAGAGAAACAUCUUAAACACUCAAGAACACAAGAAGCUGGCCUGUAAUUGACUUUCUUUGUAACUGCAAAUACUGUUUCCAUUUGUUUUUUUUAACCAAAUAUUAAAAUAAAGUAUUCUGUCUCUAGCA